GUUUCCUCCAGACCAGCGCGAGACGGUGGUGGACUUCACCGCGCCGUACUGGCUGGAGUCCCUGACGCUGGUGAGCCGCGCCCCCAAGGAGAAGGACCGAUCGCUGGCGGUGUUCUGGCCCUUCACGACGGUGGUGAGUGGGGGAGAAGCGGUCACGGAGGAGGGAAAGGGGGAGAGAGGCAGGCAGAAAAGUAAAAAGGACUCGGAAAAGGAAAACCCUCAUCACUUUCCUUACAGGUGUGGGCGUCCAUCGUGGGGGCCACACUAGCCAUAGGCCCCGUGACGUGGGUGAUGGCGUGUGCCUCGGUGGGCUCCCGCGGCAUUCCUCCCCUGCAUGUGUUCUCCUUCAACGUGUUUCGUAGCCUCGUGGUACAGACGAACCGACUGAACCCUCGCGCCUCCUCCCUCCGCUUCGUGCUCCUCUUCUGGUACUUCUUCUGCUUUAAUAUCUACGCGAUGUACUCGGGGACCCUGACGGCGGUGCUGGUCAUCCCCUCCUUCAACCCACCUGUGGACGCCCUCACUGACCUCCCCGCCGCCGCCGCCCGAGGGUUCGCAGUGGGCACCCUCAAGGCAUCCAGCACCGAGUUCCUCUUCAGGCACGCGGAGGGCGGCAUCUACCAACAGGUGUGGCAACUCUUCCACCCCGUGCACAGCCUCUUGCCAGACCCAGAACUCGGCUUUGAUAAGGUGUUACAGGAAAAGUUCGUCCUGAUCAACUCGGAACUCAACGCCAAGAUUCGAGCCACGGUGCGGGGCCGCGACAAGUACCACUUCGGGCGGGACACAUUCUACCCGCACGGCUACGGCAUCGUCUGCACCAGCGGCGCUCCCUUCAGGCCAAAGUUUGAACAGAUGCUGGCGUGGAUAUCGGAGGCUGGACUCAUCACACAGUGGGCCGAGCAGGAGAUUCAGACACUAGCUCACCACGAGGCCCAGGGCGAGGCGUCGAGGGAGGGGGCCAUGGUCUCCCUCACGCUGGAACACCUGCAGGCGGCGUUCUUCCUCCUCCUGACCGGCCUGACGGUGGCGGCGGCGACUUUCCUGCUGGAGCUGACCGCGUGCCUCCUGCUCACCUCCUGACUCCGCACGGCCGUCACCAACGUUGCCAAAUUGUCGUACUCAAGUCAGCCUCUAAUAUUUACCGAUUUCCCACCCAAAAACUGUUUCCUGAUGCCCAAUAGCAAGAUUAAUUUGUAGUUAUAGUUAAAAUAGUUAGCUUAUGAUGUUUUUUGGUAAUAGUUAUGCGUUAGAAGCCGGUAAACACUAUGCUGAGUACGAUAAUCUGGCUACGGUGGCCGUCACUGACACUACAAGGGAUGCCACAGGUCGCGUCUUGGAA